AUGAAAACAUUCUCAGGAGUCACUGGAAUCACAUUCAUUCUGAUCCAGGGCGCAACGUGCUCUGGAAAGACGACCGUGGCCGAGAUGGUCCUGCGUCGCAUCGAGAAGCGCAAGCGCGUUGCGCUGAUACCCCUUGACGACUUCUACGCCCGCCGCGCCUUCAGGCACCUCGAGCAGCGUGCCAAGGACUACGACUUCGACAACCCCGCUGCCUUCGACUGGGAGAGCCUGGCCGAGUGCAUCCAGGGCUACCUGAACAAGGACGAGAUGAUAAAAAUGUGCAGCUUCGACUUCAUUUCGCAGAAGUUCAGGGUCUUCUACGUGGCAAACACGCAGCCUGAGAUCGUCAUCGUGGAGGGGCUCUACGCCUUCAACCUGUUUGCGAAGUACUCGUUCGACACGGCCAGGAUGGAGGCGUGGGCUCCGCCUGAAUCGAACCCGUACUCCCUGAAGGAGAACGAGCACGGGUUCCACCUCUGCCAGAACACGAAGGUGCUGCUGAAGAUGGACAAGAGUGCGACACGGGCACUACGAUACAAGCGGGAUACGUGUUCGAGAUACACGCGAGACGAGCACGACCUGUUUCAGAUGGACCUGGAAGAGCGGUUUGAGAAGUUCAUUUGGGCAGCAAGGAACAAGUGGGUGCAUGCACCACACUUUGAGCCAGACAUCGUGGCUGAGAAUGUUGUACAGAGCCCAUCACGAUGCGCACAUCUCGUUGAGACCAUUCUAGAAAUAAUUGAUAACAGAUGA